AAGCGAUCCCCCUGCCGUCACUCUUAUCGCAGUCGGAAGUCUUGAGGUCAUUCUUUGUUUUUCUUCUCUUCUGCUCGCAUCUUACUUUCACUUCCCGGGAAUAUAACCAUUUCUCUUAAACCCGGUCCCUUCGUUAUUUUGGUUUGGCCUGGGGACAUACCGCCGGCAUCCGAUCACAGUUACCAGUAUCCAUUAAUAUCCGCAAAGUCGCGUGCCUGCAUACGCAUCCGGGCGGCUUCCCGCAUUGGGUUUCAUUUGGCUGACACUGCCGCUCGCCUGGACCCUCUGCCAACACAGCACCUUUGACGUAUUGUGCAUAUUUGUUCGACUGCUCCCUAGGAGGAGUUUCCAUUUUGGACGCUUCUCUUCCUUCUCCUUCGUCGUCCCACCAUUCAUCCAUGUAUCUCGCUCAGAAGCUCGAUCAGAGUGCCUCGUCGGGCUUAGGACGUCUUGCCAACCAACUGUGCUUUGGCUAUAAACUGUGAAGAUGAUGGUUCCUAGGGCAUUUCUUUUCAGCUCCGUGCCUCCCCUGCACCAUGGGAAGAAAAGUCAGCUCUCAAAGUCUGAGGUUGACUUGAUUCCUGUGCAGGACGUCUCAGGCCUCGAGCUUCACGACAAGGAAAGCCCACACACCAGCCCAGUCAUUAUUCCCCAUAAACGAGGUUCUCGAGUGACUCCAGUGCAAAGAGACCCUGUGAGAAAGGUUCCAAGGACCCCACGAUGUGCAAAGUCUACUCAUAGAACAUCGUCGGCGGCCUCGGGUGACCGUCCUGUACCUACCUCUAUUGCUUCGAUUUUGCGAGCCACCGCCAUACCGGUGCCUCGACGCAAGCGCAAUUCUCGAGAGCCUCGAAGAAUACCACCAGUGAAUCAUGUACAGGAUUUCAGCAAGUUGUUGUUAGAAGGUGUCAAGUCCAGAGAUGAUAGCUUAAUGGAGGGUACGGGCAAUACCAUGCUCGACAUCCUCCUUAGCCCGCCUGAAGACAAUGAUCGGUUCGCGAGUGGAAGCAAUUGUGAUAGCGAUAGCGAAGCGCCAUCAUUAUCCGCCCAUUCGUUGUCUAUAGAAUCGGUUCCAUCCUUGGACGCGGAACUAGAGUCUCCAUCUAGCUCUCCCAUACCCUCUACACCUUCUAUCCAACGAAGCCCAUGUGAGAGACGAUACCUACGCCUAUCACAGUAUGAGAGUUGUGCUUUUGAUCAUCCUUUAUUAGAGGAGGACGAAUUAUCGGACUCCGAAUGGGAGCCUGUGCAGCAGCCUGCCUUCUUGGACAGCACUCCAACGAAAUCAUCAUCAUCUCGAUCCUUCCCACGGCUAGGGUCCACUUUCAAGUCCAAUCUCACGGCAUCACUGCGGGCAAUAAAAUCUGCGGCACAGACAGUUUCAACGUUCGCCACGCCCUCCGUUCAGCCCGAUGAUUUUCUUACUCGGUCUCUUCUUACAAUCACACCGAAGAUGACGGACGACCGUCGGCCUCCGCCCAUGAACGAACCACCUUCUCCGGCGCUCCGGCGCUAUUUCAAUCCCGUUACGGUUUCACCCGCAGAAAUUUAUGCUUAUCAGGAUCACCCGCAUGAAAACCUUGACACUAGCAAUUGCCCCGUUUCCGUUCAGAUGCAGACCUAUCACCGGUCUGGAAAACGGGGUUCUCGAAAGAGUCGGUUCCACCUGCCGGGCUCUAAAGGUCGUGGUCGAUAUUCUUCUCCUUUCGAUCCGGAGAUCCCACCGAUGUCCCGCCAGCGUGAACCCCGGGAGAACAGUGAUUUUUUGCGCAUGGUUGUAAUGGAAAUGAACAUGAGACGCAGCGGCAAACUCCGGGACGACAUUCCUACACGGGCGCGAAUUUGGCUACCGCCUCGCAAAGGCAAUCAAACCCGACACAGCCCUUACGGUUAUAACGAAGACGAAGACGAAGACGAAGCAGAACAUGCCGUCCCAUCUAGAUGGGUUGGGAUUUCCGCCGACAACAUGUGACAUUCAUGCUCUGAUUGUCCGUUUCACAUACAGGAGGCGUUCAAAUUUCCCUUCAUUAGCGUAGCGCAUGGUGCCCCCUUUUCUCACCUUUCAUUUUCGAUCCCUUGCCUUUUUUUUUUUUUUUUUUUU